UUUCCUCCUUUCAUAAUGAAACUGCUACCAUGGGAAGAUUGGAGGAGACCCAGGAAGAGCAGAGAAGCCGACGAAGCCUGGCUGGCCUAGGAACUGUCAUGCUUGGCUUUAUACGUUUCCCGCCGGGCCGGUGACGCUGAUGUCUGGCCUUGAUCCCGAGGAAAGGACGGUCCUGCUACUGGGGAAACAUGUCCAGUUUCUCUAAGGCUCCACAGCAAUGGGCCACUUUUGCUCGGGUUUGGUAUCUUUUAGAUGGGAAAAUGCAGCCCCCUGGCAAACUGGCUGCUGUGGCAUCAACUAAACUUCAAGGAUUGCAUAAACCUAUAUACCAUCAACUGAGUGACUGUGGGGAUCAUGUGGUCAUAAUGAACACAAGGCACAUUGCGUUUUCUGGAAAUAAAUGGGAACAAAAAGUAUACUCGUCACAUACUGGCUAUCCAGGUGGAUUUAAACAAGUAACAGCUGCUCAACUACACCAGAAGGAUCCAGUAGCAAUUGUGAAGCUAGCUAUUUAUGGCAUGUUGCCAAAAAACCUUCACAGAAGAACUCUGAUGCAGAGGUUGCAUCUUUUCCCAGAUGAGGACAUACCAGAAGAUAUUCGUAAGAAUUUAGUAGAAGAGCUUCCUCAACCACGAAAAGUACCCAGACGUCUAGAUGAGUACACACAGGAGGAAAUAGAGGCUUUCCCAAGACUGUGGUCUCCACCUGAAGAUUAUCGACUCUAGAAGAAUGAAAAUUGCAGGAAAGAGCCACGCGGUGACGGCAGCUUCUUCCUGAGGAGUCUCUCCCGAGCUACAGGCAGAGUGAGACAGCUGCUGUGUUUUGACAAGGAACUUGACAUGGAUGCUGAAAGCUUAUGGAGAAGGCUCUGGAGGUGAUACUCCUUAAUAGGAAAUUGCAAUAAAAUACAUCAUUUUAUAGAAUUAUUUUAUUAUAUAGUCCAAUUUGAAUUGCUGUAAGUGAUGCUAAGAAUGAAACUGCUUACUU